GGGCGCUACGUGGUGGUGCUGCGGCCGGAGGGCGGUGACGCCGAGGUGCGAGGCACGGCGCGGAGGCUGCAGGCCCGGGCGGCUCGGCGGGGAUACCUGACCGAGCUGCUGCAUGUCUUCCACCCCCUCCUGCCCGCCUUCCUGGUGAAGAUGAGCAGCGACGUUCUGGACAUGGCACUGAAGCUGCCGCAUGUGGACUACGUUGAGGAGGAUGCUUACGUCUUUGCCCAGAGCAUCCCCUGGAACCUGGGCAGGAUCGUGCCGCCGCAGCCCAGCUCGGGCGCCUAUAGCCCUCCCAAUAAAGGUGACCUGGUGGAGAUUUACCUGCUGGACACCAGCGUGCAGAGUACCCAUCGGGAGAUCGAGGGCAGGGUGCUUGUGACCGACUUCGAGAGUGUCCCUGAGGAGGAUGGCACCCGCUUCCACAGGCAGGCCAGCAAGUGUGACAGCCACGGGACCCACAUGGCAGGGGUGCUGAGCGGGCGUGACGCCGGUGUGGCCACGGGCGCCAACGUCCGCAGCCUCCGUGUGCUGAACUGCCAGGGGAAGGGCACCGUCAGCGGGACCCUUAUCGGCCUGGAGUUUAUCAAGGCGACGCUGGAGGCUCAGCCCUAUGCACCACUGGUGGUGCUGCUGCCCUUUGCUGGUGCCUACAGCCGUGUACUGAAUGCUGGCUGUCGGCGGAUGGCGCAGAUGGGGGUGGUGGUGGUCGCGGCUGCCGGUAACUACAAGGAUGAUGCCUGCCUGUACUCGCCAGCGUCCGAGCCGGAGGUCAUCACAGUCGGUGCCACCAACAGUGAGGACCAGCCCGCUUCCAUCGGCACCCUGGGCACCAACUUUGGCCGCUGCGUGGACCUGUUUGCCCCAGGGGACGACAUCAUCGGCGCCUCCAGCGACUGCAGCACGUGCUUCACAGCACAGAGUGGGACGUCGCAGGCGGCUGCGCAUGUGGCAGGCAUCACCGCCAUGCUGCUCAGCGCCGAGCCCCAGCUGAGCCUCGCUGAGCUCCGGCAGCGCCUCCUGCACUUCGCCACUAAGAACGUCAUGGACACAGCAUGGUUCCCCGAGGAGCAGCGGCUCCAGACGCCCAACAGUGUGGCUGGGCUGCCCACCCAGCUGGGUGCAGACAAGCAGCUGUACUGCCGCUCGGUGUGGUCAGCGCGCUCAGGGCUCACCUGGCACGCCACGGCCGUGGCUCGCUGUGCCAGUGCCGAGGAGAUGCUCAGCUGCUCCAGCUUCUCCCACAGUGGCAGGCGGCUGGGGGAGCACAUGGAGGACAAGGAUGGGCAGAAGCAGUGUGUGGCCCACAAUGCUUUCCGGGGCCGGGGCGUCUACGCCAUCGCCAGGUGCUGCAUGUGGCCCAGGGCCGAGUGCUGGAUCAACGUCAGCUCCCCGGUGGCCGAGGGGGCCGGCUGCUCCCUGCGGGACCACGUGCUGACCGGGUGCAGUUUCCACUCCCCUGCUGUGGUGCUGGGUGAUGGUGGCAGACCUGUUGCGGGGCUGGGAAGUGGGCCCAGCCACUGUGCCAGCAGGAUGGAGGUGAUGGCGCACGCCUUGUGCUGCCCCGCCGCUGGCCUCGAGUGCCGGGUGAAGGAGCACACGUCCCUGGGCUCUGCGGGGAAGGUGAUGGUGUCCUGUGAUGACGGCUGGACGCUGACGGGCUGUAAUGCCCAUUCCCAGAGCCCCGGCACCAUGGGAGCCUACGCCGUGGAUGAUACCUGUGUGGCAGCCAGCAUCCCUGGCAGCAGCACAGCUGUGGUCAUCGCCAUUUGCUGCCGGAGCCAGCAGUAG